UCGUCCAACUCGUCACCCUUCCUACAUCUGGUACCGCAAUGGACAGAUAAUAAAUGGCAAACAUGAAUAUAUUUAUCCAUAUACAUACUUUUAUCCUGGAGACAGUUAUUCCUGUGCUGCACAAGGAUAUGAGGAAUCCGCCGCUCCCUCAGUGUGUGUCUAUGGUCAAAGCUGCCACAGAGUGACUUACACUGACAGAAGCAUCUGCGCCCCCUCAGGCUCUUCAGUGGACAUUUCUUGCACUUACUACAGUGUUGGAUCUGUCACAUCUAAAUUCUGGUUCAGUCCUGAGCGUAGUCAUCAGUGGGGGGAUCCUAACAAACCUCAGGACCUCAGUGAAGACUCCCAGUACACAGGUCGUGUUCAGGUCCUACCAGCAGAGAGAGGACGCUCCACUCUGAGGAUCUCUGACCUGAGAGCGACAGAUUCAGCUCAGUAUCACUUCAGAUACAAGACACGAGGCUUUGAAUGGAGGAGCAGUUUACCUGGUACCACUCUGACUGUCACAGAUGCAGAUGUGCAGGUGCAGGUGAUCUGGUCUCCUUCUGGUCCAAAGCUGCUUUGUCACAGCAGCUGUCUUCUCACCGGACGUUCUUCCUUUGUUUGGUACAAGAAUGAAACGAUGAUUCAGGAAGAAACAUCUGCUUCUUAUGGACAAGACGUUCAUGCUGCAGACAGUUAUUCCUGUGCUUACCAGAGUUACCGCUCUGCUGCAGUGUAUGCUCCGAGGCUUCCCUCUGUGUCACUGAGUCCCUCUGGGGACAUUAUGAAGAACGAUUCAGUGACUCUGAGCUGUAGCAGUGAUGCUAACCCAGCAGCUAAAUACACCUGGUACAAGGGGGAACAACUGUUCAUUGAGAAACAACAGCUCGUCUUCAGCUCCAUCCAGUCCUCUCACUCUGACCAGUACUACUGUGAAGCUGAGAACGAGCUGGGGAGGAGGACGUCUCAAUAUGUCUUUAUUAAUGUGAAAUAUGGUCCAAAGCUUCCCUCUGUGUCAGUGAGUCCCUCUGCUGAGAUAGAGGAGGGCAGUUCAGUGACUCUGAGCUGUAGCAGUGAUGCUAACCCAGCAGCUAACUAUACCUGGUACAAGGAGGAUGAAGACUCACCAAAAGCAUCAGGACAGAUCUUCACCAUCACUGACUUCAGAUCUGAACACCAUCGGAAUUACUACUGUGUAGCUCAGAACAGCAGAGGACGUCGUGACUCCACCUUACAGCUGACUGUUGGAGCAGGUGCAUGGACAUCAGCAGCGACAGGAUCCAUCACUGCUGUUCUGCUGGCUUUCACGUUCCUCGCCGUCGUCCUAUGGAUUAGGAGAAGAAAGUCCAUCACACAACAGUCUGCAAAAAGACCCGACACCAGAGAACAGCUGAACCUGGAUCAGGUGCAGGACGACCUUCACUACUCCAGCAUCCGCUUCCCUCAGAACCAGGAAGAGGCUCUCUACUCCAACGUCGGAGCAGCUCAGACCCGCAGACAGUCAGAGGACGAGGAGGUGGAAGUCGUCUACACUGAUGUCCAAACUAACAGUGGCAGGAUGUUGUUAACGUGCCGUUUCCUCCUCUGCAGGGGGCGGAGCUGGGGAGCAGCAAGCUGGUGAUGAGGUACCCAGACCGUUGGGUCCAGCGCACCCUGCCCCCCCCACAAAGGACCAACACCAGCCUCGGCUCCAACGUUGCGGGAACACAGCAGAGCUUAUUCGCCCCGGGGUCCAGACGGUGUGUUCCUAUAGAUGGAGACGAGUGCUUCUACUGGCGGACAACAGGCUGUUUCUAUGGCGACAAGUGCCGCUUCAAACACAUACCAGACGAACAAGGUCGAGACAAAAAAACAUGGCAACCCUAACUGUGUCCUCUACCCUCCCAACCCCUCCACCCGGGCUCAUUAAAGAAGAAGAAGAAGAAGAAGAAGAAGAAGAAGCCUGAGAACACUGACAGCUGAAUGUGUGUGUGAUCAGAGGGGGGGAUUAUGGUAUGUAUGUGAUAGCCAAAGAAAGGACUUGUGACUGACAAGAUGAGGAAGUUUACAGCGUCCUCAGAAAGACGCUUGCUGUAAGGAGGUCCUCGAAGGAAUUUAAUUUAUUGGAAGUGUCUGGAAUACCCUGAUGAACUCCUGGUCUCUGCGUGGAGAUCUGCGCUCGGUGGGAAGUACGUCAUCCGUCAUCAGGAUUUACUUGGACAAAUACGGCCGGUUGAACCAUAUUGGAAACGCUACAAAACCCAGCUCAGUGACAAACUGUGUCUUUAACACCGCCGUGAAACUGCUUUAACGUCAAGAGUUAUUUUCAUAUCUUUUCGAGAGGUGAUUUAAAAAUGUUUGGACAUAACAAUAAAUGAAUGAAACCCACAUUAAAAAGCUUUUGGGUUUACUCAGCACCCUCAGUGUUCCUCGCUGCCACUCUGUCCAUGUGACCUGUAAACCAAUGAAUCAGCACCUGCAGACAUUGCUAAUGCAUCGUGUCUCCGCUCGUCUGUUAUGAUUGAACCCUGUUCUACACGUGAAUGCUUUGGGACUGAUACUAAAUUAAAUAGUUUAUCUACAUUUUGCAGCAACAUGCUGUUUGUUCAACUACAUCCAUAUUUGCAUAGCGAUUAAGUUUAAUUACUUUUUUACUGAAACUAUAAACUAACAUUUUGGGCCAUAAAAGGAAAGGAGUGAUUUUGUAUCCGACCCUUCCUUCCCCAGCUCCGCCCCCUUUAUCUUUAACCGCGCGUGACCUUUGACCUCAGUGCCCGGCCAGAUGUCACAGAACAAACAGGCCUCAUUAUUUUAGACGGGCGCUCAAACUAGUCAAACGGUCACAAAAAAAGUGCAAGUUGAAUAUUUUCUAGAAGGGAAGUUUAUUUGUUUGUUUCUGUCUGUGAACAAGUGGACUUUUUAAAUAAACUUCACAUUUUUUGUUGA